AUGAUUGAACCACAUCGUUUUACAUCAAUCAUGACUUGUUUAACGCAUAUUGCUCGUCAAAUAGUCCAACAAACAUCUGCUUAUUCUCAAGGACAAAUUUAUGUAUUACCAUUACUCAUGUCUGUGUUACCGGGUAUCGAUUUGAAUGAUUUGGAAAAAACAUCAGUUACAUUAGAAUUUCUUGAUACUAUUCUUAUGCUUAUUACAUGUGUUGAUUGUUCAUCAGCAGUGAACAUUCGAAAUGAUCUAACAGAAAAAAUUCGAGAAAAAGUGAUAGAUUUUGUUUCUGGUGUAUGUUUAUCAUCUCGAGCACGGGACAUUGCCUCUGGUCUCGUUCAAGCACUUGUCAAGGGAAAUCCAGUCGAAACACUCAAGUAUCUCAUGCCUAGAACAUGUGAAUCCAUCGAAAACAUAUUAAACCAUUCCGAAUCGACUAUAUUACUAACUGAUUACAAAGGUGAUAUUGAACUGACUUGGUAUUUAAUUCUCUUUGCAGAGCUUGUUCAUGCUCGUGGUGAUGCUCUCAUGAUCUAUAAACCAAUGAUAAUGUCUGUUUUUCGUCAAUGUAUUCAUUUCAUUAACAAGAAUUCAUACGAAACUAUUGCUCAUGCCGUUGAACAUUUACUCGAGUCACUUACUCAUGUAUAUCCGAUCGAUUAUCGACUAACGGUUGAAAAUAUUGAUGAACCAUUUGUUGACUUUUUGCCAAUUCGAGCUUGGGGACAAUAUGUUGAUUUCGAUAAACUUCAAGUUCAAUUUCAUAUUCCGAAUGAUGAUGAAAUUGAUUUUGCUUGUGAAUUUGUCAAUACAUUCAUAUAUCCUGAAUUAACCUUGUUGAAUGAAAAAGGUUUAAAAAUAUCGAACGAUGAACGAUUAAGAUCGCUCACUAUUAUUCAAUCUAUAGCCGUCGGGUGCUUUCGAAUGAUACCACGUAUCGAAAGCGAACAAAUACAAAAUCUGUAA